ACAAUGACGAAUUGACCUGCGUGACGUGGCAGGUCUUGAUAAAAUGUAUAUUUAAUGAAGUGUGAGCGCGUCUGCAGCAGUUCCAGCGCAGCCAUCCUCGAGCAACCAUGAGAGCAGCCGUGCUACUGACGUGCCUGGCGCUGGCGGCCGCGGAUCACUACCACAGCGAGGCGGUGUGGACGGCGCGCGGCGGCGUGGAGCCCGACCCGCUGGAGCACACCGCCGCCUACUGGCACGCGGAGGCGCAGGCGGCGCUGGCGGCGCGGCUCGAGCCGGUGGACCGGCGCGCGGCGCGCAGCGUCAUCAUGUUCCUGGGCGACGGGCUGUCGGUGCCCACGCUGGCGGCGGCGCGCGCGCUGCAGGGGCAGCUACAGGGCCGGCCCGGCGAGGAAGCGCGCCUCGCCUUCGAGACCUUCCCCGUCACCGGGCUCGCCAAGACCUACUGCGUGGACGCGCAGAUCCCCGACUCGGCGUGCACGGCCACGGCGUACCUGGGCGGCGUGAAGGUGAACUACGGCACGCUGGGCGUGACGGCCGCCGUGCGCCGCGGCGACUGCGACGCCUCGCUCGACAACUCCACGCACAUCGACUCCAUCGCCGCCUGGGCCAUACAGGACGGCCGUGAUGCCGGUAUCGUGACCACGACCCGCGUGACGCACGCGUCGCCGGCCGGAGCGUACGCCAAGAUCGCCAACAGGAACUGGGAGAGCGACGCCAACGUGCGCGCGGCCGGGCUGGACCCCGAGCGCUGCCGGGACAUCGCGCACCAGCUCGUGCACUCGUUCCCCGGCAACCGGCUCAAGGUGAUCCUGGGCGGCGGGCGGCGCGAGUUCCUGCCCAACAGCACCGUGGACGAGGAGGGCGCGCGCGGGCGGCGCCUGGACGGGCGCGACCUGGUGGGCGAGUGGCGCGCGGACAAGCGGGCGCGCAACGCGUCGCACAGCUACGUGUGGGACCGCGCGGGGCUGCUGGCGGCGCCCGCGGACGACGACUACCUGCUGGGGCUGUUCGAGAGCUCGCACAUGCAGUACCACGCGGAGGCGGACGCGGCGCGCGAGCCGAGCCUGGCCGAGCUCACGGAGGCGGCCAUCGCGCGGCUGUCGCGCAACCCGCGCGGCUACUUCCUGUUCGUGGAGGGCGGGCGCAUCGACCACGCGCACCACGACAACCUGCCGCGCCUGGCGCUGCUGGAGACGCUGCAGCUGAGCGAGGCGGUGGCGCGCGCCGCCCGCCUCGCCGCGCCCGACACGCUGCUGCUGCUCACGGCCGACCACGCGCACGUCAUGACGUACAACGGCUACUCGCGCCGCGGCAACCCCGUGCUGGGCCUGUCGGGCGACGCCGGCCGCGACGGCAAGCCCUACCUCACGCUCAGCUACACCAACGGGCCCGGCUACCGCCCGCACGAUGCAAACGGACGACCAGACAUCAGCCUUGAAAACGAGUUUGGCGCACCUCGAACUCGCGCCCACGCUGACGUGCCGCUGGACUCAGAGACGCACGGCGGGGACGACGUGGCGGUGUUCGCGCGGGGCCCGGGCCAGCACGUGUUCACGGGACUGUACGAGCAGAGCCAGCUGCCGCACCUCAUGGGCUACGCGGCGUGCCUGGGCCCGGGCCGCCACGCCUGCAGCCCCGCGCCCCCGCGCGCCGCGCCCGCCCCCGCGCUCGCCCUCGCCGCGCUCUUCGCCGUCGCCGCUGCAGCCCUGCGCUGAUUUCACUCAUAUUAUAGUUUUAUUAGUUUUU